AUUUUGCAAAUGUCAUUCGUCUGACUUGUCAACUUGUCUGUGGUGCAAGCAAUAGGUAUUGAGGUUUACCGAUUUGAACUAAUUUUUAUUUUAUUUGAACUACGUUGGUACUCGUGGGUCAGAAAAAUGUCCGAAAUAAAAAUUGUGGCGGCGAGCAUAGUUAACUUUCUAAAACAACAGCUGGAGGGCGAGUCGUUGAGUGUUGACUCUAGGGAGAGUGUGGAAGUCGGCGUCCAGUGUAUCGAGACUGCCUUCGAGCUGACUGCGGACGAGCUAGCGCGCGGCCUGGACCUGCUGCAGCUAGUGCGCCAGCAGAAGGGCGCGCCGGCGCCGGCCGACCGCGACGAGGCUGAGCGACUUAAGAACGAAGGCAACGAGCUCAUGAAGGCGGAGCGCCACCGCGAAGCGCUCGCCAAGUACACGCGCGCAAUAGAGCUGGACCCGCGCAACUCGGUGUACUUCUGCAACCGUGCCGCCGCGCAUUUCAAGCUGGGCACACAUGAGGCAGCCGUGGCAGACUGCACAGCCGCUCUGGCUUUACAACCUAACUACGGCAAGGCUCAUGGCCGCCUGGGCAUUGCACUGACCGCAUUGGAUCGCCACGCCGAAGCGCGCACAGCGUUCGCGCGCGCCGCACAGUUGGAGCCCGACAAUGAAUCUUAUAAGCAGAAUUUGCGUCUAGCUGAAGAGCGGCUUGCCUCGCCUGGAGGCGAACGGCGUCUCGAUUUGGGCGGCUUACUUCAAAACCCUGCGCUGCUCAGCAUGGCCACUGAAAUGUUGUCCGACCCUAACAUGCAGAACCUAAUUUCCGGACUGAUGACCACCACCACGCCGCCGGCAGGAAACGGCGCCGCUCCGGGCGCCGCCCCAGUGGGCAUGAAUGCUCUAUUAGAAGCGGGCCAAGCUCUGGCGCAGCACAUGCAGUCCGCCAACCCCGACCUCGUGGAGCAGCUGCGGCGCCAGAUGCGCCCGCCCGGCGCGGGGGGCGCGGGGGGGGCGGGGGGCAACCCUGCGCCGCCCUCGCAGUGAACACAAUAUAUGAAGUCUAAUUAAAUUUUAUAUUUACACGAUGAUUGCCAAACCAGGGACAAUCAGCUUUUAAUUUGAAACUUGGAACAAUGAAUACUGUUGGAGGAGUUACAGUUCUUAAUAGAACUUAUUGUAGACAUAAUUACCAUACACUAUUCAUCUGAUUAUGAUGAAACAUGAAACACUUAGAAGUAUGCCUACAGCGGCUUCACGCAUCACAGCUGUGAGCUUUGUUUGUUAUAAAUCUUCAUGUUUGGAGCAGAAAUACUAGUCAAUUUUGGAGAGACAGGCAGGAUGUGGUUAUAUUUUCCACAUAUUACUAAUAUUUAAUUACUCUCUACCACAUUAGUAACUUUUCCAAAGUAGGCUAACAAAAGUGCCACCAGGAAAACAUAAUAAAACUGAAAUACAUUCUUGAGCCACCUUUAUUAUAAUAGAAUACCUGGGCUCCUUCUGCAGUAUUCACUUUUCAACUGUUUUAAAUAUAAAUUUAUAUACAAUUUGUUGUGUGAUGUGACAAAAUUAUAUUCUUGCUACAACUGGGACAUCAUUUGUGUUACAAAGCUAUUUGAUUCUUUUUGGGCCCUGAUUCUCAUGAUUUUUUAGUCUUAUGCAAGUUGCAAUUUUUGUGUCAUACAUGAUGACAGUUCUUUAUUCAAGGACCCAAUUUCUAUGCCACAAACUUUGUUUCAGUUUUAAGUUAUCUAUAGAUUAGUGCUUGGUUGCAAGUUCUACAACAUAUGGUAUGUGAUGGUGCAUUUUAUGGUGGAGCGCACUUACUUAAAAGAUAUAAACUCUUGAUUUGAAGGAAGCUUUGGUGGUGGGGGAAGCCAGAAGGGCAGUCCAGAUGUUUGCAAUGUGUGCCUAAAAACAAGGAAGAUUAAACAGAGAAUCAGAGCUCAAAUUGAAUUACCUACACACUAUUUGAAAUACACAUAGAAUAGGUAUAUGUGCCCAUUCACACCUUGCUAAAAGUUUUUUGUUUUAUUCUGUGGGUUAUUUAUUUUUUAUUUUGUUUGGCGAGAAUUAAAUAUCUAAGGUUAGGAGAAAUUGUGAAGAAUAAGGGUUUAACAGGGAUUGUUAUAGAUGCAAUAUUUAGGAAAUAAAUAUAUCUUUAUAAAAUAUCAAAACAUUUUAAACUGAAGGCUAAAUGUUACUGACUUACUGAUAUAUUCCUAGCUAAGGUAUAGAUAUUUGAUUGAUAUGUAAUAAAUUUCAAAAAUACAACAA